AUGCUGUUUUUCUUUCUGCUACCCGUUGAGGCACUGAUCCGCACCAUUGCGAACAACCGGCCCCUUGUUCAAUUCAAGCAGCUUGCCGAGCGCACCGUAGUUCUGAUGGAAAUCACUCUGAUGUAUCGUUCCAAUGAGUUUGUUCCCUGGCAGAAGCUCGAUUCAACCACACCCAUAAAAUCGGACCUGCUGAUCACCUGCUCGCCGGACCGUGACUGGACAACAAUGAACAAGAAUCCGCAGUUUGUUGCUGAAUAUACGGGUACAGGCACCAAGCCGACAUUCUUCUUUACGUCGCAGGUCAACACGAUGCAUCGCUUUGCCCUGAUGUUGCCCACCCCGAAUGUAGGGAUGUAUGGGGCUGAGAUGAAGUUGUAUGAGGGACGGGCCAAGAAUCCGAAUGUAAUAUCACAGACGGACAGCACGCUCCGUGAGCUAGAACGGCAGAUACGGUAUGCGAUAGGAGCGUGCCAAGAAAUUGAAAACGUGCUGCGAAUGGAUUUGAUGGAUGAGAGUGAGUACGACACCAUUAUGUCAUCGACCGCCAGGCUUAUACUGGGCAGUAUUCUGUUCAAGAUAGUGGUGGUUAUGGUUACUUUCAUUUACUUCAACAAAAAGCUGAAGCAGUUCUAUGUGACCAAGAAGAUCGCGAUGAAGUAAAACGUUUAUGUUC